GUCAAGUCUUCAUGGUUGGACCACUGGUCUACUUAGAUCAAAUCACUCAACUUGACACGACAAAUUCUUCUAUGGACAUCGAUCUCAUUGGGAUCGCCAGGAACAACAAUGAAAGAUCAGCUGCUGUGGCUUUCAUGAGCUACAACACAAUGGAGAAUCUACUGAAGCCAGACUUCUUCAACACACCAGAAGACACGAUUAAAACCAUGAUGUCCACUGUGAUCUCAGCUACUCUUCCCAAAACCACCAACACUACACUCACCAAACCAGUCAACUUCACCUUCAGACACAUCAGAGAGUUUGAUCCCAGUGGCUCUCUGUCCUGUGUGAACUGGAAUAUCAGCGAGUGGAUUGUAGAUGGUUGUUCUGUUUUAGAGACCAACAGACACUACACUGUGUGUUCCUGUGAUCAUCUGUCAAUAUUCGCUCUCAUCAUGCAAACCAGCCAUCCAUACUAUGUGUCUGAUAUGUUAUCUCAGAGCAACUUACAGCUGCUUCUGUUGAUUUUCGUGUAUGUGACCGUGGGGGUGGUCUUCAGUUUGGCCCUUUUGACCCUUGUCAUUUUCAUAGCAGUUUAUUUCCAUGUGUGAUUGGAUAUGUGGUUCCUCUGGUUUCUGAAACCUACAGCAGUGAACAGUCAUGCAGCAGUACAGGAAAUGCAGGAUUUUCUUGGUGGAGGGUAAAAAGCAUAUUUGUACAAAUAAAACUUUCUGCAAAUGUUGGUUAAAAAUGUGAGUGAAUGUGCAUAUGAUAAAGGGAAAUAGCAAAUUAAGUUACAUUGAAUGGAAUCAUAAUUGAGUUGUAAAGUUAUAAUAGUUAUCAUUUUUUAAAUAAAUAUUUUUGUUUGUUGGGCUCAGAAAUCUAACUGUUUUUCCUGUAAGGAACCAUGUUAUAGUACUGUUUAUUACUUUAAAUUAUCUAUAUGCUUCAUACAAAAUGUGUGAUUUUUCAAAAGGGAAGGCCACAGGUUUUCUGGAUAUUAUGAUAUACAUUUAAAACUAAACUAUAAAAAUAACUCUGUGAUCAGAUAAUGUCUCAUUCAAAGUAAAUCUGUAUUGUCAUGUGGCUUGAAUUUUUGUUUUAAAACUUGUGAAUGAGUAGAUUGCAUUUUACUUUUGUUCAGGUGGCAUCUAUUUUAUUCGUUAACUAUUUUAAUGCAUUUCUGUUACAAAAUAUCUUAAUAAAAUAAGCAAUAAUGUAGUAUUUGUAUUUUUGCAAAAGAAAAGGGCUCCCUAAUAGACUUACUCUGAAUUGAGGGAAAUACUAAUAAUGACCAAUUACCAGCAGCUGCCAACAUUAUAGCAACCAUCACAGUCCAGUUGGUGUCAUUGGAUUAAAACAUAAAAAAAAACUUGAUGUGGAAUUACACAUAUGAUACCGUAGAAGGCCACUCAAUAUACAAUUCAUAGGAAUUGGACAUGUGAGCUAUUGUUAGGUAUGAAUUUGUAUUUGAAUUUGAAUUUGA